AUGCUGACGGAGUGGAAGUUCGUUCCGGCCACCGCCCUCGACGGGCUCGCGGCGAACCUAGCCACUCUCCUUGAAUGGAGCCGACUGCAAGACACCGACGGCAUCGGCUUCUUCUUCAUCACAAAUGGCGCUGUCUACAUGGACAACAUUGCGCCCACCGUUUGCUGCACCAUCCCCGAUGCGGUGCGCUGCGCGCGCCACGAGCUGAAGCAGCUCAAGCCGCGUGACUUUUCCGACUUGCUCGAGUUCGUCGCCGACACAGUCGUAGCUGUCCACAAGUCGGUCAGUGAGAAGCAGUCUUGUAAUGAGCUGUGA